AUGGGGAACGAGGCGAGCAUGGAGGGCGGUCAGCCCGGAGACCCAGCAUCCGCGGGGAUGAUGGGGUCGAUGGUGGCGGGAGGACCGGGGACCGGGCACCCCAUCAAACCGCUGAACGGCACCGCAGCGGGCGGAGGAGGGAUGGGUACCGGAGGCCCGGGGACGGCCGGGAAUAGGGGUCCCAUGGGAAGCCCGAAGCCCGGCCUGCAGCACGGGGGCUACGGCGGAGGGGGGGUGGGCGUGGGGAUGGGCUCCAGAGCAGCCGAGCCGUACCGCCUGGCCACCCACGAGAGCCACACCCCUCCCAGGCAGUCGGGCCCGGCCGCGGGUCCCGGCCAGGCGGGGUCCCACGGCCCGGCGGGCGGCCAGAGCCCCGGCCAGCACGCGUCCCGCCGGAGCCUCCAGGUGGACUUCCAGGGCUCCAGGACGGGCCGCUCGCCCUCGGCGUCCCCGGACCGCGGCGUGACCCCCACCUCCCCGUACUCGGUGCCCCAGAUCGCGCCCAUGCCCACCAGCAAGCUGUGCCCCCUCUGCAACACCACAGAGCUGACUCGACCCCCGGCCGUGCCCAACUACAACACCUGCACCCAGUGUAAAUCCACUGUGUGCAACCAGUGUGGCUUCAACCCCAACCCACACCUCACCAAGGUCCAAGAGUGGUUGUGUUUGAACUGUCAGAUGCAGAGGGCUCUGGGUAUUGACAUGACCACACCGCGCUCCAAGAGCCAGCAGCAGAUCCACUCUCCCUCCCACCAGGCCAAACCCAUCGCCCAGGCUCAGCCGCUGCAGCCGGCCGCGCAGAGCAAGGCCCCGGCCCCGAGUCAGCCCCCGCAUCAGCCGCCGGCGACUCACCCGUACAGCCAGGCACAGCCCUACUCCCAGGCCCAGCCGCAGUCCCAGCCCUACGCCCCGUCCCCGUCUCCCCAUCACUCACAGCCCUACGCUCAGGCCCAGUCUCAGCACCACUCCCAGGCCUAUUCCCAAAGCCAGCCCCACCCCCAGGCCCAAAGCCAGCCCUACUCCCAAUCCCAGUCCCACUUCCAGGGCCAGAACCAGCCCUACUCCCAGGCCCAGUCCCAGCCAUACACCCAGGGCCAGAACCAGCCCUACACCCAGGGCCAGAACCAGCCCUACACCCAGGGCCAGAACCAGCCCUACACUCAGGGCCAGAACCAGCCCUACACCCAGGGCCAGAACCAGCCCUACACCCAGGGCCAGAACCAGCCCUACACCCAGGGCCAGAACCAGCCCUACACUCAGGGCCAGAACCAGCCCUACACUCAGGGCCAGAACCAGCCCUACACCCAGGGCCAGAACCAGCCCUACACUCAGGGCCAGAACCAGCCCUACACUCAGGGCCAGAACCAGCCCUACACUCAGGGCCAGAACCAGCCCUACACUCAGGGCCAGAACCAGCCCUACACUCAGGGCCAGAACCAGCCCUACACUCAAUCCCAGCCUCACUCUCAACCCUUCCCCCAGCCCCAGACGUACCCUUCCUCUCAAGCGGGGCCUAAACCCCAGCCCCAGGCCUCCCCAGGACUCCAGAGACACCAAGGGCCCCACGGCCCCCAGCCCCACACAGGGCCGUCCCAGCAGGGGAUGAGGUCGGACCCUUAUUCCCAGAAAGGGGCGGGAGUGCAAGGAAGUGCCGGGGGUCCAACCGGUGGACUCAACCAGCCGGGGGGCCCCCGGAUCCCUCACCCGGGCGCGGUGCCACUCGUCGGGCUAGCCAAGGCCCCCUCCCAGCCCGACCUGGGUCGCGGCUCCCCGAUGCACCAGCCCGGCGCCAGGCACCAGGAGCACACCCGGAGCGCAGGCUCCUCCCCGGCCCACCGGGCCCCGAGCCAGGCCCCGCCCCCCGCCCAGGAUGGGCUGACCAAGCUGUUUGGCUUCGGGGCCUCUCUGCUGAACCAGGCGAGCACCCUGAUCAACGUGGACCCCCUCCCCGCCGCCUCCACCCAGCCUGGCCCCGCCCGGGGCAAGGUGGUGUUCAGCAACGCGGCGACGUCAGAGAGCCGGCAGCACGGGCCCCCCGGGGCCAAGCCAGCCAACGUGGGGGGCCCCCACGCACCGACCGGUCAGACGGGGGGUCCCGUAAUGGGUGGACCUCAUGCACCGACUAGUCAGAUAAGGGGUCCCCAGACGGGUGGUCCUCACGCACCGACCGGUCCGGCGGGGGGUCCCGUAAUGAGCGGCCCUCACGCACCGACCGGUCAGACGGGGGGUCCCGUAAUGGGGGGUCCGCACGCGCCAACGCAGGCUGGAGCCCCCCAUGGCCCCAGUCAGAUGGGGGGUAUGCAUGGCCCCGGUCAGAUGGGCGGUCCCAUCAUGGGCGGUCCUCACACACCAAGCCAGAAGCUCCAACAGCAGCCGAAGCAGCAGCAGCAGCAGCAGCAGCAGCAGCAGCAGCCUCUGCAUCCUCAACAAGAGAGCCAUCAACAACUGCCUGCACACCUUCAGAAAGGGAGCCAGCAGAAGCUGCCGGCGCAUCAACAGAAAGGGCCCCAGCAGCAGCUGCCCGCGGCCGUUCCUGCGGCCCCGGCGGAGCCCCAGAGGGCCAGGGUGAACUGCCCGCUGUGCAAGACGGAGCUGAACAUCGGGAGCGCAGACCCGCCCAACUACAACUCCUGCACCCAGUGUCACAGCCAAGUGUGCAACCUGUGCGGCUUCAACCCCACCCCCCACCUGGUGGAGAAAAAAGAGUGGCUGUGUCUCAACUGCCAGACCCAGCGGCUGAUGUCGGGCGGCGGAUUGGACGAGCCCCCACUUCCUGCUCUCCACCCCUCUCCGAAGCACCAGCCAAUGGGCUCGCCCCGCCACCCGUCGCACGUCGGUCAGCAAAGCCCCCUCGCCAAGGCGACCACCAACCUGCAGGGCCCCAAGGCCAGCCAGCCCCAGCAGCCGAAGGCUCACACGAGGCCCGGGGCCAGUGGGCCCUUCGCCCCCUCGGCGGCCAAGCAACAGCCUGCCACCACCGCCACCCCAUCCACCACCACCACCACCACCACCACCAGUGCAGUACCAGUGCUCCCUAGUGAGGGCCUGAAGCAGCCCAAGACUGGGGAAGAGAAGGCCAAGACGGAGCCUGAGAGCCAGCUGACCAAAGACCCCAAGAUGAGCCAGAAGAAAGGGGAGCCCAUCAGCUCCAUGAAGGAAGGGAAGAAGUCCAAACAGUAUGAUGACACGAAGAACAACAGCACCCACGAUCUGUCGCGGAGCCCGCAGAGCCUGAGCGACACGGGCUACUCCUCGGACGGCAUCUCCAGCUCCCACAGCGAGAUCACGGGGCUGAUCCACGAGGAGGAGGAGAUGAAGCUCGGCGAGAGGGGCGUCAGCGGGCGGGGCUCGCCGCCCAGCCCCUCCGAGAUGACCAAGCUGGAGAGCUCCAUGAGGCCCCUGCUGGAGAAGAGCUUCUCGGAGGAGAAGAGCGACCGCAAGGGCCGUAGGCACCGGGACCUGGACGACCGGGGCAAGCAGAGGCCACGCUCGCUGUCCAUCACGCCGGAGGCCUUCGACUCAGACGAGGAGCUGGAGGACAUACUGGAGGAGGAGGAGGAUGCCCGGGACUGGGAGGCCAAGCGGAAGGAGGCCAUGGAGGAAGGCAAGAAGGAGAAGAAGAAGGAGAAGGACGCGGAGCCGCCGCCAAUGACGGACGAGGAGUUCAUGAGGAGGCAGAUCAUGGAGAUGAGCGCCGACGAGGAGAACGAGGAGGAGGACGACGAGGAGGUGGCGGAGGCGGAGGACGAGGAGGACGAAGGCUACGGCUACCAGAAGCCCAAGAAGGCCCACCUCAAGCAUCUCCCCGCCGACACGGCCAAGGAGAAGAGACGCCUGCAGCACCACUCGAGCAGCUUCGAGGAGGACUCCAAGAGCUCCUCGGAUAUCUAUAAGGGUUCGGCGGAGGAGGGCGAGGACGACCAGAUGUCCUCACAAGGAGGCCUGCGGCGCUUCAAGACCAUCGAGCUGAACAACACCAACAGCUACAGCCGGGACAUGGACCUGGCCAACGAAAACGACCUCAGCCUCGACCGUGAGCCGGAGCUGGAGAUGGAGAGCCUGACGGGCUCCCCGGAGGAACGCUCCAGAGGAGACUCCUAUUCCACCCUACCGCCCACCUCCUCGUCCUACGGCUCGGGUCAGUCCCCGACCUCCAUCUCGUCCAUGGAGGAGGACAGCGACAGCAGCCCAAGCCGGAGGCAGCGGCUGGAGGAGGCCAAGCAACAGAGAAAGGCCCGCCACCGCUCCCACGGCUCCCUGCUCCCCACCAUCGAGGACUCCUCCGAGGAGGACGAGCUCCGGGAGGAGGAGGAGCUGCUGAGGGAGCAGGAGAAGAUGAGGGAGGUGGAGCAGCAGAGGAUAAGGAGCACCGCUCGCAAGACCAAAAGAGACAAAGAGGAGCUGAGGGCCCAAAGGCGCAGGGAGAGGUCAAAGACGCCGCCCAGCAACCUCUCACCGAUCGAAGACGCCUCCCCGACUGAAGAGUUGCGGCAGGCUGCCGAGAUGGAAGAGCUCCAUCGAUCUUCAGCCUCUGAAUACUCCCCUCAGAGUCUCGACUCGGAGGCAGAGGGAUAUGAAUCGAAGCUCUACAAAUCAGGCAGCGAGUACAACCUACCCACCUUCAUGUCGCUCUACUCUCCUGUUGAGAAAUCCUCAACCACAACCACCACCGUGGCACCAUCUUCGACUUCCAAACCGUUGAAGAGCGCCGAGGAGGUGUACGAGGAGAUGAUGAGGAAGGCGGAACUGCUUCAGAAACAACAGAAACAGCAGCAGCAGCAGCAUCAUGGAAGACACGGUCAAUACUACGAGGAGGAAAUCAAUGGAGAUGAGUAUGAGGACGAGGAUGAAUAUAGUCAAGAAAGGACCGGUUAUGACAACGAGGCAGCCGAAACGGAACAAGAUAUUUAUGAGGAGAUCCGACAGACGUCCCAGAACAUCACAAAGAUGCAGCAGGCAAGUGACGCACAAGUGGAGAUUGAAAUCGAGAGCUCCUACCCAGAAAAACAACUUCUUGACACAAGCUCGGCAUUUACCAAGCUGCUGGAGCAGAACAACGCCCUCCUCACACCAGGAACAAGUCCCACCCAGGUCUCAGCUCCAGUCUCUUUUGCAGAGACUGCAGGAAGGAUUCCUGAUGUGCGUGUCACGCAGCACUUCUCAGCCAAAGACGUCAACAAAGACCGGAUCAAGGGCCAGACCGGAAAGAAUGGCAUGACUCCAGUCGUGUCUGCAACCACCAUAGCAGCAUAUGGAGUGUUUGCCAGAGAUGCGGUAACCAUUUCCCAGACCAGCACAAGCCACACUGUCACAACCACGUCUGCUACACACAGCAGGCACACAGGUGGCCCGGCUACAUCCACGACCACCGUCUCAAGUGUUUGCAGCAAAAUAGCGGAAAUCACCCAGGCGUACAGCCAAAGGGAGGUGAUAACCAGGAGAGUGGGCGAGACCAGAAACGUGAGAGACGGUGCCGCAUCUUCUACGGAGAGAAUCAUUGAGCCUCGGUCUCCAAAGUAUACCACUUACUACCGAAGCACCAGCCCUCCUCUCUCUCCAUCGCCGCCACCACAGAGCCCUACUCGCUCCCCAUCCAGAAGGGCCACCGCUGAGUUCUCUACCCAGACUCACACAGGAGGAGGCUUACAGUCCGCUGGUUCAGGGCCUUCCUCUCCGGUGUUGGCUCAAGCAACUCAGACAUCAUCACACCGGUCCGUUUCGCCAAGGCUCCACAGGCAACAAUCCUCGCAGGAUACUCGGUAUUCCCCACCCUCGAGCCCAGCCAGGCCAAUGACAGUCAAUACUGCUACCUCGCCUCUAUCCUCGCCUACCCGGUUCAGUCGUCAAUCCACAUUUGAGGCAUACUCCCCCGUUGCCAGCCCCCCGGACACUCCCCCUUUCCAGCAGCACUCGCCUACACAGAGCUUCUACCGCACUCAAAGGGUGGAGAAAGUCAAUGUCGGAACCAGCAUGGUGGCCACCACUAACACAUACAGCAGAGGGUCCAUGUCUAUGGAUAACAUAUCCCUCUGUCGUAUUUCAACUGUUCCUGGAACUUCCAGGGUAGAGCAAGGCCACAUGAUCCAUGGAGGCAGUGUGGUAGACCUAAGGACGAUCACCAAAUCGACCCCUGUGAUCAUGAACGACCAUGGAAUGGAUCUCACCUCACUUGCCACUGAAAGCAGGAUGUACCACGGUGGACCCGAGGGGGGUAGACACUCCACCAUUAUCCAACCACUAACAAUGAAUCUCAACACUCAGGAGACCACCACACCCACCACCGUGAGUGUGACGGUGGCUGCCUCAAUGUUCAUGACACAACCUCAACACCCCUCAGUCUAUGGCGACCCCCUUCAGAACCGGGUGGACCUGGGCCAGGGAAUAGGUCCCGCUAUGUGUCUGUCUCACAACCACAUGGUUCAACCCCAAAUUGAUCCCACCAUACCAAAAAUCGAUGCCAAACUUGAUGACCUCAGUAUACAGCAGCAGGAACUCCAAAGGCAACAGGAGAAGUUACAGAAGCAGCAAGAGAUUUUGGAGCAACAGUUGCAACAGCAUCAUCAGAUGCAGCAUCAGCAGCAACAUGCCUCUGCCAUGGCAAGGUACAACAUCACAGGCCAGAUCUCACCGUUACUGAAGAAGGACAUGCUGGUCAGCCAGAACGGCAAUGCCCCGACUGUGGUCAGUGCUAUUUCAGCUCCCCUCAACCCUGACUUGUAUGGCAAUGGUCCAAUUGAGCUGCAAGGAAAUCCCAAUACACCUGGUGUCAUGAGUCUUACUGGGGUCGGAUCCCCUCACAGCAUGGUUGUACAAAUGGAUGGAAGCAUAGGUCCGUGUGGGCCAGUGACACAGCUGGUAAAGGUAGAGGAAGGCCAAGAUGCCAUGGAUCUGGCAGGAGGCCAGAUUAAAUCAGACCAACCAGCCUGCUGCGAUGUGGUUUACCGGCUUCCAUUUGGGGGAGUAUGUGUAGGAGAGGCAGAGAAAGAGGGCAUUAGGCCUCCUUCCGCACCACCACUAAACUACGAGUCUGACCCCGAAAGGCAACCUGGAAGGUACCAUGAAUACCCCAUGGAUGGACGCAAGGCCUAUACCUUGCCCUACCCUGGUAGGCUUCAGCCAUCAAUGUCUGACACAAACUUAUCUGACCCUGGUCUGCAGGCCUACCAUUCUAAAAUAGACCCCCAACUCCAAACCACUGCAGAUCUUGCCAUGGAUGAAAAUGUCAUGAAACAAGCCUAUGAAGGUGGCUUCAUGGGAAUGCAGUAUGGCUCCUAUACCGAUCUAAGACAUGGAGGGGACAUCACAGCCCAGGCCCUGCCAAUACGGAGAUUCAACUCCCUGUCUAAUAUCAGCACGGACUACGGUUACUCUGCUCGUGAUAUAGCCAACUUUCAGGAGGCUAACUUGGCUCAGUACAGUGCCACCACAGCUAGAGAGAUAAGCCGCAUGUGUGCAGCCCUCAACACCAUUGACCGCUAUGGAAGCAACCCUGACUUGAUGCAGUAUGGCAGUUUGGGACGAGGUUCAGGCCCUGGGACCGCCAGACUCGCAGCAAGUUUAGGCAUCAGACCCAACCUCCUUUUCGGGCCAGAUGGGAAGCCAAUGUCUCACAAUCAAGCUCUUACCAACCUUAUCAAUGCCAGACAGGCCAGCCUUAGAGCUCUGUACCCCACUGCUAUAAGAUCGGCCGAUGGAAUGAUCUACUCCACGAUCAACACACCUAUCGCCUCGACACUUCCCAUCACCACCCAGCCGUCCUCAGUGCUUCGUCCGAUGCUACGAGGGGCUUAUAGGCCUUACCCGCCUGCAAACAUGACACCCAUACCCCUGGCCAGUCUAAGCAGGCUGCCAAUGAAUCCCAGAGCACCCUUAUCCGGACAGGCACCGUUCCGUUACCCAGUGCCAAACGGGUUCCAGGGUAUACCAGCAACCAGUGCCAUUGUAUCAACGUCCUCUGCGUCAGCGACUACUACUGCAGUACAGGACGGACCCGUCUAUCUGGGCAAAGGUGCCAAUAUAGCCCCCUCCUCAGGGGCAGUCAGCUCAACCCCAGGCAUAGUUUCAAUGCCGACAACAGAGCCCCAGCAGCAGCCCAUCAACCUGUCCCAGGCUCACCUGAACAGCCAACAGCAGCAGCAGCAGCAGCAACAGAUGGCAGGUUCGCAUCAGCAACAACCAUUCGCACACCAGACCCAGGUCUACAACCAGACUUCUGCCGGGCCCACCGGACUGAGCGGUGGCAUGCCCCUUCAAGGAGGCCUUCCUCCCUUCCCUCCGCCAGGAGCCAUCCACAAGGAAGGGGAGACAGAGGAGGAUCGCCUGCACCGGCAGCAGGAGCAGCUCCUGCAGAUGGAGAGGGAGCGGGUGGAGCUGGAGAAGCUGCGGCAGUUGAGGAUCCAGGAGGAGCUGGAGAGGGAGAGGAUCGAGCUGAAGCACCACCGGGAAAAGGAGCAGAUGCUGGUGCAUAAGGAAAUACAGGAGCUGCAGACCAUCAAGGAACAGAACAAGCAGUUGAAAAUCUUUCAAGUUAAAUCAGUAAAACAGGUUCUGCAGCAGCAGCAGCAGGAGCGUGAGAACCAGCUCGUCCUGCAGAGGGAGCAGCUGGCCCAACAGAAGUCCCAGCUGGACCAGAUCCAGUCCCUGCAGCAGCAGCUCCAGCAGCAGCUGCAGGAGCAGAAGAGGCAGAAGACGGCCAAUGCUCAGGGCCUGCAGAGGGACGUCACCGGACAGCCUCUCCAUCCCUACGUCGACGCCCAGAUGGCUUCCAACUCCCUCCCCAACUCCUCGUCGGAGAUGUGUCUGCGGAGCCACGAGGAGCAGGCGGAGAGCCGCAGCAACAUGAGGAAGCACAGCUCCAUGGGCCGUCUGCCCCGGGACGGCGGCGACGCAGAGGGCGUGUCCUUCUACGGCUCCGCCUCCCGCAGGAACGUGGACAGCUGUGUGCAGACGGACGACGAGGACGGCGAGGAGAGGUACAUGAUGCGCCACCGGCCGCGGCGGCGCGGCCGCAGCGUGGACUGCUCGGUGCAGACGGACGACGACGAGGACAAGGUGGAGUGGGAGCAGCCGCCGCGACGCAGGCGCUCGCGCUUCUCCCGCCACUCCGAGUCCAACAACCACGCCUCCGGCCCCGCCGCCUCCACAAACACCAACGCCGCCGCCGCCGCCGCCACCGACGCCAAGACGGACACCUCCUCCAAGAUGGCCUCCUCCAGCAUGUCCAGCCAGACCAUGCGGGAGAUGUCCUGCCAGACGGAGGUGGAGCACCUGGGCCGCGUGUCGCCGGCCAUCCACGUCACGCUGCCGGACCCCAACAAGGUGGAGAUCGUGCACUACAUCUCGGGCCCCGAGAGGACCCAGAAGGGGCAGUCGCUGGCGUGCCAGACCGACCAGGAGGCCCAGUCCCAGGGGGUGGUGGCGCCGCAGCUCAGCGUGCCCACCACCGUCAGCCCCUACUCGUCCUCCACCGGCAACGGCUCCCAGCAGACGGGCUCGUCGGACCUCCAGGCCCAGCAGCAGCGCCUCCAACACCACCACCAGCAGCAACAGCAGCAGCUCCAGCAGCAGCAGCAGCAGCAGCAGCAGCAGAUGGCGGCCAACGUGGCGAAGUUCGAACGCCGGCGCCCCGACCCGCUGGACAUCAACCACCAGCAGCACAACCACAUCCACAACGAGUCCGUGUCCAGCGUGAUGCGCCAGCAGCAGGGCACGCCCAAGUCGCCGCAGGUGCUGUACUCGCCCGUGUCGCCCGUGUCCCCCCACCGUCUGCUGGAGAGCUCCCUGUCCAACGAGCGGCUCAACAAGGCGCACGUCACGCCGCAGCAGAAGUCCUACACGGCCGAGUCGCCCCAGCGCCAUCCCUCCGUGCCCCGGCCCAUCAAGACCACCCAGAGGUCCAUGUCGGACCCCAAGUCCCUGAGCCCCACCACAGACGAACACACCAAGGCCCGGCUGUCGCUGUACCAGCAGCAGGCCCUCCAGAGCCAGCUGGCCGCCCUGCAGCAGAGCUCCCUCCUCCGCAAGGUGAAGCGCACCCUGCCCAGCCCGCCGCCCGAAGAGGCCACCGCCGCGGUCCACCUGCCCAUGAUGACCAACGCCAUGCCCCAGGUCUACAUGCCCAAUGUGCCCGGCCUCAAGCAGCCCUGCUCCCGCAGCGGCCUCGCCGCCAAGGCCAGCCUCCUGAAGGACCUGACCCACGAGCUGAAGGCCGUGGAGCAGGAGUCCACCAAGCUGCGGAAGCAGCAGGCGGAGCUGGAGGAGGAGGAGAAGGAGAUCGACGCCAAGCUGAGAUACCUGGAGCUGGGCAUCCACCAGAGAAAGGAGACGCUGGUGAAGGAGAGGGAGCGCCGAGACAUCGCCUACCUGCGGUGCAUGGGCGACUCCCGGGACUACAUGUCCGACAGCGAGCUCAACAACCUGCGUCUGGCUGCGGCCGCCGCCUCGUUCGAGACCAACGGCCUGCUGGCCGCCCGGCCCAGCACCGCCCCGCUCAGCCAGUUCACGGGCGAGCUCAACACGGCGGCCCAGUACCCGCCCACCACCUCUUUCCUGACGUACCAGUUCCAACAAGGCCCGUCGGCCGCGUCCAGCCAGCAGACGAGCGCUCCUUAUCCCACCGCCUCCUUCAACCAGCCUCCGUACCCGUCGGUGUCCCAGUCCCAGGCCCUGCCCCAGCCCACACCUCUCCCGAGCCACGGCCCCAUGCCCGCACCGUCCUACCCGUCUCAGACCCCCUAUCCGUCCCAGACGUACCCCCAGGCCCAGCCCCCGUACCCCCAGACGGACAUAGGGGUGCCGGCCGCUCCUCUAUCCCAGCCCCAGGCUGCACACCCAGGGUUCGGGCCUGCCCCGCCGGGCCAGCCCCCCUACCCCACCCACAGCUCGCCCUUCCCCAGCGCUGUCUCCUCCUACCAGAGUCAAUCCACCCCCUACCCCGGGCAGCAAGGGGCAGACAUCCUGACCGUCCACCCAGGGAGACCCCGGCAGACAUCACUGGCCGACCUGGAGCACAAGAUGCCCACCAACUACGAGACGAUCAGCAACCCCACGGUGGUGGUGACCACCACGGCGCAGGACGUCACCUACUCCAGCGCGGCGGCCGCGGCCUACGGCCAGUACGGCGCGACCACUACCAUGGCCGGCAGCUACGGGGGCUACCCCGCCGCUCCGGCGGUCAACAGCUACGGGGGCUACCCCGCGGCCCCGGCCAGCACCUACGGCCCCUACACCGCGGCCCCGGUUAGCGCGUACGGCCAGUACACCACCACCACCGCCAACACCUACGGCUACACCACCACCACGGCCAGCUCCUACGGCCAGUACACGGCCACCGUGUCCAACGCCUACGGGCACGCCGCCGACAGCCCCUCGGUCUACGGCUCGGCCGACGCCAUGUACGGCGGACCUGGGCUGGAGCAGAGCCUGCCGCGGAACUACAUGAUGAUCGACGACGUCAGCGAGCUCACGGCCAAGGACGGGCUGGGCACGGCGGCGGGCGACAUGAUGAUGCACCACGGCAACAGCGGACAACAGCGGUACCCGGGUGACGUCCACGGCCACGGCGGGAUCGGCGGCGGCGGCGGCGGCUCGGCACGGGGCGGGACGGGCGGCUCCUCCUACGGCCGGACAGGGGAGGAAGAGGCGGCGUUCCAGGAAGAGCUGUACGACCACCACGGCAGGGGUAAGAGCAGCUACAGGCAACGACCACUAGGGGGCAGCAGCAGCAGCAGCAGCGUGAGCGCUAGCAUGGGUGGGGGAUCCCCCUAUUACUAUGACUACGACCAUAAGCACCCCACCACCCCUCGCCCCGGCGCGCAGAAACCCUCGGCGUCGGCCAGAAGCCUACUGGCUCCCGCCGUCAUGUCGUCCAAGCGCAGCAAGCACCGCAAGUCCGGCAGCCUGGAGCAGAAGAUCUCCAAGUUCUCCCCCAUCGAGGAGGCCCGUGACGUGGAGGCCGACCUGGCCUCGUACGCCUCCGCCACGGUCGGGGGCCACGGCUCCUCCUCCUCCGCCGCCGCCGCCGCCGCCGGCGUCAGGGGCCGGCAACUGAUCGAGGACUACGGCUUCAAGUGCAACACCUACGACUCGGGCAGCGCCACCGGCCACGCCAGCCGGUACUACCGGUCAAAGGCGGAGGAGGACGACCGCCUGUACUACACCUCCACCGGCCGCUCCCGCUCCACCGGCUACGGCAUGGACAAGAUCUCCUCCGGGGACUACUCUGGGUACCGCAGCCGGUCCUACGAGCGCGACGACAUGUCGUACCGCACCGGAGGCGGCGGCGGCGGCGGCUACACCCGCGGACGGCACCCCACGCGGCAGUACUCCGAGGAGGAGAGCCCCAUCAGCCCCAUGGGGAAGUUCAUGGGCUCGGGCCGGUCGUCCAGCCUGGGGCCCGACCCGUACGACAGCCGUAGCUCUAGGUAUCACUACUAUUACGGCCAGUCGGGCUCCAGCCACUCGCUGCCCGACGUGCAGGACCACAUCCGGGACCUCCCCCGGACCCACGUCUACAAACCGGAGGACAUGUACCUUAUAGACGAUUACCAUUGCGCUGUGUCAGACAGUGAAGCCUACCACCUGGGCCAGGAGGAGACGGACUGGUUCGAGAAGCCGCGCGCCAGCUCGCGCCACUACGGCAGCGGCAGCCACUCGGCCGGCCGCAGCCGCCACGCCGUCAAGCACACCUACCACGACUACGACGAGCCCCCGGAGGAGGACGCCUGGGCCGCCGACGAGUACGGCCACGGGGGCCGCCACUCUUCGUCCUCGUCCCGGGACCACCGCCACCACGGCAGCACCGGCCGGCACGCCUCGUCGGCCAACUCGUCCUCGGCGACCGGCCGGCACGCGGACGAGCCGCGGGCGUCGCGCUCGGCCAAGGGCCACCCCAAGGACCCCAACAUGAGGCACGAGCCCUCGGGGCGGUCCUCCUCCGCGGGGAGGCGCGGGGACUCGCGCUCCGCCGGCGGGUACCACUCGGGCGAGUACUCCCGGGACCCUUCGUCCGGACACCACCACGGCCAGCGUUCCUCCCGCCAGGGGGACCCGCACAGGUCCUCCCGCAGCAAGUCCCAGCCCGGGGACCUCCAGGGGCAGCCCCCAGGCUCCUCCAGAUCCGGGGGUAGCUCCUCCCGAGGACAAGGCCCCAGCAGCGGACCUCCGGGCUCGGGACGACUGACGGGCCCUGGUUCCCAACCGGACGGGACCCAGAGCCAGAGGACCCAGCUCCAGCACCAGGUCCAGACCCAGGCCAGCCGGCCGGGACAGCCCGGGGCCCCCGGCGCCAUAGGGCCCCAGCAGCAGCUCCCAAACCAGGGUCAGGGCAUGGGCAUGGGCAUGGGACCGGUCAUGGGACCGGGCAUGGGACCGGGCAUGGGACCGGGCAUGGGCCAGGCCAAGCAAGGACCAGUUGGACCGGCCGGUGGGCCUAUGGGGCCCAACAGACAGACGGGCCCAAUGGGAACCACAACGACAACCGCUGCUAAACUGGACACCCCCCCUGUCACAGCCAUUGGAGCAAAGGCAGUUCCAGGCAUGGCAGCAAAGACUCCCCAGCCCCCACUAACCGGCAUUGGCUCUAAAGCGGGCACCAGGCCCGGGGGCAUCGGCAGCGCUGCGGCCCCCCAGCCCGGUAUGGACGGGGAGGGCAUGCUCUCCAAGAUCCUGCCGGUGAACGCCGCAGAGCAGGCGGGGAAACUGGGAGACGCCCUCAGUGGUUUCGGCAAGAAGUUUUCCUCCAUGUGGUGAGGGGCUGAGGUGCUGAGGUGAAGAUAUGUGUAAUAACAGACAAAGGAAGUUGUGCCAGAAAAACCUUUUGGAAUUCAUACCAGUUUUUGUUUAGUGAGAGAGAUUGUGUGUGUGUAUAUGUAUAUGUAUGUGUGUGUGUGUGUGUGUGUGUGUGUGUGUGUGUGUGUGUGUGUGUGUGUGUGUGUGUGUGUGUGUGUGUGUGUGUGUGUGUGUGUGUGUGUGUGAGAGGGAGAGAGAGAGCCAGAGAGAGUCUAUGGGAGAGAGAAGAUAUACAAGAGGGAAACGGGAGAACACAGCAUACUGCCAACAAAGAGAACCCCCUCCCCCCCCCCCCCCACCCCACCCCCCUCUACACGUACACACCCAGGAUACUGCAUGUCCCAGGCCUGAGCGUACGCCGGCAGAGAGAAUCCCCUGCUCUCUCUGGCAGGCCAGACAAUCAGAACCAGGACCCCCGGUCAACCUCUAUCUUCUGGGACACGACUACGCCCACCUUCAAGCCUCUCUAGCCAAAGAAUGUUCUGGACCGCCAUCCGCCCCCCCCCCCCCCCCCCCCCCCUAAAGGAGCCAUGUGCUGCUACCCCAGAUCAGAAAAACAACAAAGCGCAGAAUGGGAGCCUGCAUGUUCUGUGUGUCUUCCAUCCCCCCCCGGGAGUGGCCCCAGGAGAGCUCUCCUUUGGGCUGCAGCCGGCCCGUGUGAAACGAAAACGUAACGCUGGAGCGUUCGUGGUCAGCGUCUCGAUCCUACCGACGGAAGUUUACCAGGCGGGAUAACCACGAGGAUGCGCUGGGAUCCUCCUGAGGACACUCGGUCUAGAGAACAACAAUGGCAUAGCUCUCCUCCUCGCUCUCUCUCUCUCUCUCUCUCUCUCUCUCCUCUCAAAGAGCCAAACGAGGAAUGAAUUCCACGGUGGGUUUUUCUGGUACUAAAGACCUCUGUGUUCAUCGCUGAUUGUUGGACACGGCGAUGGAGAACGCAAACGACGAUUUAUCGGACGGAGACACGGAUGAGGUGUCUUUCUUUUGAGCUUUGAUCUGUCUCUACAUUCCAGAAUGGAACCUCUUCGUCCUCUUCCUCCUCCUCCUCCCCGCAUCGCUCUUCUGAAUGCCGACCCCAUCGUCUGAUCUUUCCUUUAUCCCCUCUUCAUAACCUUCUCGUCAUGUCUUUAAACAAGUAUAGUGUGUAUCGUGGAAAACAAAUCGAGGAAUUUGGAAUGCAUGGAACUUUAUAUCCAAGACCUAACACUGUUCAUCAUGACCUAGGCCAUAGGGAAACUGAGGAGACACGUAGAAUAAGGAUGGAAAAAACACAAGCGGAGAAGAGGAUUUAUGUUUUUAAAGGUUCAAAGGUCGGGAAAGUGGGGAAUUGUCAAGCUACAGGGAUGUGGCCGCAGGAGUAGCCAUUAUCUUCAAGAGUUGUGUUUUGGAAUGGAGCCAUUGUGGACAGAUUCUUGUCAGCCAUUACAAGCCAUUCAGAUAACGUUUACCCACAAUGCUCGUGGUGAUGAUGUUUUAUCAACCGCCCCACAACAUUUGGGUCUGAGAUAUUCUUCUUGUUGUUGAAUAUGAUACAAUUAUUUGUAUUGUUUUGUUACAAUAUUUUUUUCAAUUUUGCUUUUUUCAUUUUUUACAGUUCAGUUAUAUCGCCUUAAUCAUCAAAUCACAUUAUUAUUUAUAUUGUUUUUGAGAAAAUACUGACAUAUUUUGAUAUAUUUCAUGUUUACCCAUGAUACAGCAUAUUUUAAUUGUGCCACUUAUUUAUCUGUGUAUCAGAUGGAACACUGGUAACAAAAAGUUUAAUUUAUAUUUUUGGGAUUUUGUGUUACGUUUGUACUUAUUUAAGAUAUUAUUUAUUUUUAUUCAUGGGUUAAGAUUAUUUUGUUACCAUCAUGAAACUUUUGGAUAUGUUAUCAAUAAUUCUUAAAGCAAUAGUGGACAAGUAAGGAAGUUUAAGAGCACAACUCUGUGUCAUUUUAAAAGAUAGUGGUUCAGGAACGUGUUGCCUCUGCCUCUCUAACUCACCACUGUUGGAUCAUUCACAUCUAGUUAAAAGUUAAAAGGUACUAUGGGACAUAACCUAGCUUUGUACCGCUGGGUUAAAAAAAAAAAGGCCUCACCUGUAAACAGAGUUUGGUACCGCCCAGAUCGUCCCAUCCAACCAAUGACGAGACAUGUCGGCUU